GUUCCUCCAAUACAUACCCACAUAGUUUUGAAGAGAGAAAGUUUGGAGAUAGAAAUGGAGAGAGCAAUUGAGAGACAGAGAGUGCUGCUCCAACAUCUACGUCCUUCUUCCACUUAUUCUUCGCUCGAGAACAUCGAUUCUCCUCUCUCUGCAUCUGUCUGUUCAGCUGGUGAUAGUGCCGCUUAUCACAGAAGUUCUCUGUUUGGGGAUGAUGUGGUCAUUGUAGCUGCAUAUCGGACUGCACUUUGCAAGUCUAAGAGGGGUGGCUUCAAGGAUACCUAUCCCGAUGAUUUACUCGCUCCAGUUUUGAGGGCCCUGAUAGAGAAAACAAAUUUGAACCCAGCUGAAGUUGGGGACAUUGUGGUGGGCACAGUAUUGGCGCCAGGCUCCCAGAGAGCAAGUGAAUGCAGGAUGGCUGCAUUCUAUGCUGGUUUUCCUGAAACUGUACCAGUGAGAACUGUGAAUAGGCAAUGUUCGUCUGGCCUUCAAGCAGUUUCUGAUGUCGCUGCGGCUAUCAAAGCUGGAUUUUAUGACAUUGGGAUUGGUGCUGGGUUGGAAUCCAUGACUGCAAAUCCAAUGGCUUGGGAUGGAUCAGUCAACCCAAGAGUUAAGACAAUGGCACAAGCCCAAGAUUGUCUUCUUCCAAUGGGGAUUACUUCAGAAAAUGUUGCAAACCGUUUUGGUGUAACAAGGCAGGAGCAAGACCAGGCUGCGGUCGAGUCACAUAGAAAGGCCACUGCUGCAACUGCUUCUGGAAAAUUUAAAGACGAGAUAAUACCUGUGAGCACCAAGAUUGUUGACCCAAAAUCUGGAGGUGAGAAACCUGUUACAAUCUCUGUUGAUGAUGGAAUUCGGCCAAACGCAACAACUGCAGAUCUAGCAAAACUGAAGCCGGUAUUUAAGAAAGAUGGGACCACCACUGCUGGGAAUUCUAGCCAAGUGAGUGAUGGUGCUGGAGCCGUCCUCCUCAUGAAGAGAAGUGUUGCAAUGCAGAAAGGAUUACCAAUUCUUGGUGUAUUCAGGACUUUUGCUGCUGUUGGUGUAGAUCCUGCCAUCAUGGGUGUUGGCCCAGCUGUCGCAAUUCCAGCUGCAGUCAAGUCUGCUGGUCUUGAACUUGAUGAUAUCGAUCUUUUUGAGAUAAACGAGGCAUUUGCCUCACAAUUUGUGUAUUGCCGUAAGAAGCUGGAGCUUGACCCAGAAAAGAUCAAUGUUAAUGGAGGGGCAAUGGCCAUUGGGCAUCCAUUGGGUGCAACAGGAGCUCGCUGUGUGGCCACUCUAUUGCAUGAGAUGAAGCGUCGUGGCAAAGACUGCCGCUUUGGCGUGGUGUCGAUGUGCAUAGGAAUGGGGGCUGCUGCUGUGUUUGAAAGAGGAGAUUCUUGUGAUGAGCUCUGCAAUGCUCGCAAAAUCGAAACCAACAAUCUUUUGUCUAAAGAUGCUCGGUAGAAUUCAUACAAUCUUCUGCAACUAUUGUUAGUAAGGUUACAGGUGGGAUCAAGUCCUAAUAAAGCAAUGUAAUAAAUCGCCUUUUUUUUUCCCAAGGAAUAUGUCGACAAUUUUAAGGAUUGGGUUUGUAUCUUGACGUUGAACUUGAAGAGACAUACUAUUUACCUGUUAGGCUCUUUUGGCAUGUGCUGGUUGCGUAUUAUAGCUGAAUGAAAUUUCUGUUACAAAG